UGUUAAGAUCACACUAAACAGAAUGGAUACAGAGAAGAAGAACGUGAUUCUCAGAGAAGGAUUCCUGGUGAAAAGGGGUCAUCUUGUGCACAACUGGAAGGCACGCUGGUUUGUGAUGAUGCCAGACAAGUUGUUGUAUUACAAGUACGAAGGAAGCAGGAAGGACUCAUGUCAGAGAGGGAAAAUCCUUCUGAAGGACUGUGAGAUAACCUGUCCUUAUCUGGAGCAUGAAAAUCGACCGUUGGUGUUCAAGCUGCGGACAAAGAAUGGGGUGGAUCAUUUUUUGGAGGCUUGUUCCCGGGAGGAGAGAGACGACUGGGCAGAUGACAUCACUGCUGCGAUCGAAAAGCUGGGUGAAGAUGGGAAGGUGACAAACCAGGAAGACCCUGCUGGAUCCCAGUUAACCAACGUUGAUCUGAGCAAGGUGUUGGACUCCAUGUAUGACGUCCACAGUGGUAUCAAGAUGAGCACCCAUGUGGAGCAGGGCAGCACUUACAGCAACUGUUUCUCAGGUUCAGCGGUGGUGGACUGGAUGGUGUUCAUGCAGAUGACUCUGACCCGUGUGGAGGCCAUGACGUUGGCCUCAGCCCUACUGGAGGAGGGUUUCCUGCGGACGGUCGGUCUGAAAAGUGUGGAGGCUCUCCGCACCGCCGGCCUCGGUGAGCAGUUCAUGGACGACUCCACUGCACUCUACGGCUUUUCUGACAACUUAAAGAAGAGAGGCAGUGUGAAGGCAGAGACGUCGCUGUCUGCAGUGGAGCUCAGUGGGAAAGUGAUCAAGCGAGGAUAUCUGCUUAAACAGGGACACAGAAGGAAGAACUGGAAGGUGCGACUGUUUGUGCUGCGUUCAGAGCCUGCUUACCUUCACUAUUAUGACCCCACCAAGGAUGACAUCAGCCCCGCUGGCGGCUUCUCCCUGCGAGGCUGUCUGGUGUCUUCUCUGGGCGAUAACGGAGUUCCCUCAGGUGUGAAAGGCAACGUUCAAGGCAACCUGUUUAAAAUCAUCACCCAGUCAGACACACAUUACUUCAUCCAGGCUCCGACCCACCAGGACAAGAUGGCGUGGAUAGAUGCGAUCAGAGAGCAGACAUAGAGCAGCGAGUUCAAACAUCACUUCCUAAAAUGUCCACGGGUUCAUUGAUCAAGAAGAAAGAUUUACACAUUCCAUGAAUGUUUACUGUAGCAACAAACUGGGAUCAUGCAGUUUAAGUGAAAGUGUUAGUGGUUACAAAACAUUUCUGUUCAUUUGUCUCUAACGUGCCAGUGCUCUCUGCUUCAUUAUUCUGUGUUUUAAAGUUUGUACAAGGAAGAUUUGAAGGGUUUUAAAAGCCCAACAGU